GUGAAUGGUACAUAGGUAUCACAUAUGAGCAAACAAGCGUAAUAAGCUCCAAAUUCGUUGAAGAGAUCUGAUGGGUUGCCCUUCAUCCGCAUGUCGCGCUUCUCAAGGCUUCUGAACAGGUGAAUCUGGACUCGUUUUUGUUAUGCCAAGUUCAGCUUAGCUUCUCCAUUCCCUCCUAAGUAUCUAUGUAUUUGAGAGGAACGUUUGAUCGUCAAUCUUCAACUCGGAACACUUCCCUUCAAGUACUUUCGUUUCCACCUGAGGUAAGGCACAAGGCUUACCAGCAAUCUGCUUGCCUCACAUCAAAGCCAUCAUGGCUGAAACAGCUUCGAUUGCCUGGACUGAUGAAGAACUGAGAGCCAAAGUCGGACAGCUUUUCGUUGUCGGAUUUCACGGUCACGUGCCAAGUGAUGAUAUCAAGACGCUCAUCAAGGUUCACAAGGUUGGAACCGUCAUUCUCUUCCUUCGAAAUGUUGCAUCCGCAUCUCAACUCCUCGAACUUACAAAUUCCCUCCAAGCAACAGCAAAGGAUGCAGGUCACCAGCAAGGACUGCUCAUUGCGAUCGACCAAGAGAAUGGACUUGUCACUCGAAUCAAGUCUCCCGUUGCAGCCCAGCUUCCUGGAUCUAUGGCUCUUGGAGCCACUGGUGACGCCAAAAAUGCAUACAAAGUUGCUACUGCUACAGCGGAGACUUUGAAGAGUUUCGGCAUCAAUAUGAACUAUGCUCCUAUCGCGGAUGUCAAUUCGGAACCAAAGAACCCCGUCAUCGGCGUCAGAUCUCCUUCAGAUGAUCCAGAAACUGUUGCUAGGUUCGUCUCUGCCCAAGUCAAGGGACUUAGUGAAGGUGGAAUCGUGCCCUGUGUCAAGCAUUUCCCGGGCCAUGGAGAUACAGCUGUCGACUCUCAUUAUGGACUUCCAGUCAUCUCCAAGACCAAGGCUGAAUUGGAUGCUUGUGAGUUAGUACCUUUUAGAAGAGUAUUCGUUGAGGGGGUCGAUUCGGUCAUGACAGCGCACAUUGCUAUGCCUGGAAUUGGCGACGCAAGCUUAGACGAUGAUCAUCCUUCGAAGAAAGUUCCUGCAAGCUUGAAUCCAGAUGCGAUCAAGAUCCUGAGAGAAGAACUGAAGUAUGAUGGAAUGGUCGUCAGUGAUUGCUUGGAGAUGGAUGGCGUUAGAGCUACGUUUGGUACUGAGGAAGGUGCUGUCAUGGCACUAAAGGCAGGUUCAGAUUGUGUGAUGGUAUGCCACACCAUGUCGGCACAAGUUGGUGCAAUCGAGCGAGUUAUUCAAGCCGUUAAGGAUGGUGAGCUAUCGCAAGACACUAUUGCAGCAUCCGUCAAGAGAGUUGAAACUCUCAAGACCAAGUAUAUAGCAGAUACUGCGCCGAUCCCAAAUUCCUCGCUCGAGCAUGUCGAAGCCAGAAACACCAGGCAAGCAAAAAUGGCGGCGGAAAUAUACGCAAAGAGUACGACCCUCGUCCGAAGCGAAAAUGGGCUUUUGCCAAUCUCAUCGAACUGCAACAAAAAGACUGUGUUUAUCAGCCCCGGCAAAACACCCCCUGGUGGCGGAGCAGUUGAGAUUGGAGAAGAGAAGACAAGAGAGCCGUAUACACCAGAUUCAUACAUCGAUGUCCUCCACGCCCAUGAUCCGACUAUUGCCCACAUCCGCUUUCGUGAUGGCAUCGAAAUGCCUCCAGAAGAAGAGAAGUUAGUCCUGGAGGCCGAUACCCUAAUCUUUGCCACUCGAAAUGCGACUCAAAGUCCGUAUCAAAAGAAACUCGGACUCUCUCUAGGAGAGAAAUUUGGGAAGAAGCUGAUUGUAGUUGCAACUUGUGAUCCAUACGACUUCUUAGUUGAGAAUGACUUGAUCAAGAACUACAUAACCAUCUACGAGCCAACGAUCCCAGCUUUUAAUUCAGCAGCUGACGUGAUAUUUGGCGUCAUGAAGCCAAUGGGCAAGCUCCCUGUUGGAUCUUCUGGCCCUGAACAUGAUAUCAAGACGUUUGAUGGCUCUGAUGAAGAAGCUAAGAAGAUCUCAGAGAUGUGGCAUGUUGUCUUUCCAAAAUGGCCAAUCAGUCUUCCUCGCCUAACCAAGAUCUUGCUUCGAUCUCAUGGAAGACACUAUAUCCAUGAGGGAGGCUUUUGUUUGUCUUUCUUCAUGGAUGGUCCUCACGGAAAAAUUGCAUCUUUAGGCGUAUUGCCAGAGUAUCGUGGCAAAGGAAUUGGCACAGCUCUACUUAAAAAAGCCCAACGAGAGUUGACUAGCAUGGCUGAAGCAUCUGGUCAAGGUCCUUUAAAGUCCUUAGCUAUAGGCUCGGAUUCUCCAAGACUGUGGUGUGAGGUCCCAGUUGACUUCUCUCAAGCUGCCAAGGAUUUUCUCAUGCACAGAGGUUUCCGUCAUCCAACGAAGCCCACAGCUCAAGACCUGUAUCGUGAUAUCACUAAAGACGUCGCUCCACCUGAGAUCCUAGCAAAGGUAGCGAAGCUGCCACUAAAGUUCUCUCCCUGGUCGGCCGAGCUGUAUGAAGAAACCAUGACGAAGCAACGAGCGAACUUCAAAGGCCUCAGUUGGAUUGGAGCUUAUGAACAACUCGCGGCCUGGAAUCAAUAUCAUCAAGUAAUGGUUGCUUUUGAUGCCGAGACGAAUUCUCAAGUUGGUUGGACGUUGAUGUGCGACUACUCCAUUAUCAGCAACAACUUCGCUUUUCUGCCUUUGAUGCCAUCGAAAGAGAAAACUGGGCUGAUUGCUUGUGUUGGUGUUGACGAGAGUGCGAGAGGUAAAGGCGUUGGAUUGGUAUUGAUGGUAAAGGCGAUGGAGAAUAUGAAGGAGAGAGGUAUUGAAGGGGUAUGCGUUGAUUGGGUCGUGAUCAAGGGGUUUUAUGAGCGCUUGGGAUUCCAACGUUAUUGGGAGUACCAAGGAUUUGAGUGGUGAACAAGACCAAACUUAAUACAAGUCUAGAUCUCCCGUGAUAAUAGGGACAUUCAGAUUGUGAGUGGAGAAUUCAGUUACAUGGCAUUCAAACAUAUUUUCUUAGUUGUAUUCUCC